UGUCAUCCACUGCGCCGCCCUCAUGUCAGCCACUGCGCCGCCCCCAUCGAUGUCGGCGCCAUUGACGACAGCUGCAGACCCACCCGACAUCAGUGAACUGUUUGCCUCAGUACAAAGUCAUACAUUGCUGGCUAACCUCUCAUUCAACAACUUCGCCACCUUCCUUUGCCGUACUAAGAUACUCAAGGAGGACAUCCUCCAACCUCAGCCAUACAAUGUCUCAAUCUUCUGUGCUCCCAAUUUUCUUCCACAAAGUGUUAAAGCCUUCCUUGCAGCCUCUCUUGACAUGCCGUUGGAUGUAGUUGAUGUCCUGUGGUCUUUUACAAAGGACAUUGUAUGGGAGCUCCCAAGUAGCGCUGAGGCAAGUGCGGAUGAUGAAGAUGCAUUCAGGACCUAUGGUCAUGAGCUAGGACUCACAAAACGUACAUUAUACCCUCCCAUCAAGAUAUGCGCCAACCAUGAGUGCGCUGCAUGGCAGCGUGGAUCGCUGUUGAAGAAGGAGGAACCACGUCGCAUUGUUUUGUUCACUCAUGGUGAGGGUGCGAAGCCUGGCUGGACAGUACACCUGAAGUGCCGAGUCGCUAACUUUGAUGAAGAAUGCAAUACGAAUUAUCAGGCCAACUAUAGCGUCAAAGGCGGCCUCCAAACAUACUACUGA